UGGCUGACAGCAAAAAAAAAAAGAAAGGAAAUGUGAACUGCUGCAAGAAGCUCCAGCAAAAAACCGUCAGAUCGUGUUGGAUUUUAUGAUAAAGACGAUUUAAUUUAACAAAAUGAGUACUUUAUUUUAACUACUAAACAUGGUAGUUAGCCUUGAGUCAUCCCGGGAACUGAUUCAUAUUGUUAAAGUCUGCUACGGAGAAGAAUGCCUCUGCUGGUUCGCUAGCUAGCUUUCGUUAGCUUUCAGAAUGGACAACUGAACGCUAACCGAACAGGCAAAAUACCAACCUACAAUGACUUAAUCUGGAGACAACAGUCUCGAAAACGUGGCGAGAAAGGAGAGUUUUUGUGUGCCUUUUAGUUAACUUCGAACCGUGUCGAUACUGUUUACAUGAUGAAAAACUGUGAGUACCAGCAGAUCGACCCGAGGGCGCUGUCGGUGUUGCCUCAGUCCGCACAGAACACCACCGAGAAGACGGUGCAACGGUCGCGGAGGAAAUGGGAAGUAUUCCCGGGGAAGAACAGGUUUUUCUGCGAUGGACGGAUCAUCCUGCCCAGUCAGAGCGGUGUCCUUCCUCUGACACUAGGCCUUAUUGUUGUCACGUGUGGCCUUUUCUUUGCAUUCGAUUGCCCAUUCCUGGUGAAACAUCUGACUGUCUUUAUACCUGUGAUUGGUGGGGCCCUUUUUGUGUUUGUGGUCUUCUCCCUGCUGAGAACCAGCUUUACAGACCCAGGCAUCUUACCUAGGGCUACCCCAGAUGAAGCAGCAGACAUAGAGAAGCAGAUAGAUACCUCAGGAUCCUCUACGUAUCGCCCCCCUCCUCGAACCAAGGAGAUCCUCAUCAACCAGCAGGUGGUAAAGCUCAAAUACUGCUUCACAUGUAAAAUGUUCCGCCCUCCUCGGACCUCCCACUGCAGCCUGUGUGACAACUGUGUGGAACGGUUUGAUCACCACUGUCCCUGGGUGGGAAACUGCGUGGGCAAACGCAACUACCGCUUUUUCUACAGCUUCAUCAUCUCUCUGUCUUUUCUGACGUCUUUCAUAUUUGGCUGUGUCAUAACGCACAUUACCCUGCGUUCUCAAGAAGGUAAAAGCCUCGUCCAGUCCAUCCAAGAGAGCCCUGCCAGUGUGGUGGAGUUGGUGAUUUGUUUCUUCUCCAUCUGGUCUAUAUUGGGCCUCUCAGGCUUCCAUACAUACCUAAUCGCCUCAAACCUCACAACAAAUGAAGACAUUAAAGGCUCCUGGUCAAGUAAAAGGUGUGCAGAGGAGUCUGGGAACCCGUACAGUUACAACAGUAUUAUAACAAACUGCUGUGCGACCUUAUGUGGCCCCAUGCCCCCCAGUCUGAUUGACAGAAGAGGCUUCCUGUCUCUCGACGAGGCGAUCCCUGCUGUGUCGGCCUCGGAGAUAGAGCUGCCUCCCUUCACGGUCAAGAGCGACGCACACAUGUGUACUCAGAGCACCAAGGACAUGCUGGAGAGGAUGGUCCACUCGUACGAUGUUCAUGGGCUGUGCCCCCCAGCAACCCCAAAGACCACCCCUCUGGACCUGGAGGUUUCCGGCCCGGCAGCAGCUUCCUCUGAGCCUUCUCUCUCCGCUGGGUGCUUGCCGCAGGACGCUCGCCAGCCUGUGGCCCCCCCUUGCCCCCCGUUCAGCAGAAGCAACAAGAGGAGAGACUCGCUGCACUCCAUCAACCCAGCCUUCCGCCUGGCCUCACCCUCUCCAUCGCUGAGCCGCACCACCUUUAUUCUGGGAGAUGCCCCUGACAAUGGCUUUAUCCCUCUGCCCUGAGUACUCCCAGAAACCAAAAGAGAUGAAAAGGGAUCAGAGUGUAAGGCUACAAAGAAACUUUUUAUAGUGGUUGCCAUUCUAAGAGUCGCCGUUAAGUGAAGAUGACAUUCUGAUGAGUUGAUUAAAGGGAUAGCUCACCCCUAAAUUUAAAAUGCAUAUUUAUUCUCUUAACUGUAGUGCUAUUUAUCAAUCUAGAUCGUUUUGGUGUGAGCUGCACAGAGUUGGAGAUAUAGACAAAUCGGCCUUUUCUAAAAUAAAAAUAAAAUGCAUGGCACUCGGCUUAAGUAGCUGAAAGCUCCAAAAAAUUACAGAAAAACACAACAGCAAUAUCUAUUUCUGGAAAGCAUCAACAUAAUGACUACAACUCAUGAGGCUAAAGACUGUGAAUGCUUGAGAUGCAACUCACACCGAAACACUGGAGAUUGAUCCAAAGCACUACAGGUACGUGUAUAGGUAAAUGUACAUUUAUUUAAAAAUGUUUGGGUGAACUGUUCAUUUACUCACUUUAUGUUCUGUGAGGUUUAUCUAUGUCCUACUACACUACACGUGUCCUUGAGGACGAAGUUAAAUCUUAGUUGGAAGCACAAUGUAGAAAUAUUUUUGCAACACCUUUCCACAACUUCCACAUAUAACCUCAAUCAAUACAUCAGCACUGCAGUGUUUGAGUUCCUGCUAAUAUAUUAUGCAAACAGGUCUUUACAUCUGAGAAUACAGACACAAUGAGUACAGUGAGUACUUACAGUUUGAGUGAGGAUGUACAGAAACAGAAGCUUUGAUUUUCUAAACUGGCUUUCACAGAGAAUUGAGCCAUUUCCAGAUAAUCAGUUAUAAAGUUGGCCUUAUUUCACGUCACAUCAUUUCCUGUCAUGUAGAGCUAAAUCGUUCCAGGGUGAUCUAUGUUGACUGUGUUAAGAUUAAUGAGGACUCAGAGUUUGAAGAAGGGCAGUUUGUUCUUUGUUUUAUUAUUUCCACAUCAGGGUCUUUGCUGUAUUUGGUCAUCAGUUCUGCAUAUGUUGUAUAUCAGAGGCUAGUGGUUGGUAUAUUUUUUGUUUUGUUGGAGUGAAUCCCUUUAGGAGACUAUCAUUGAAAGAGGGAUUUUUAAACAGUGAAUUUGUUCAGACGUUUUUCAUUUAUGACUGGAAAUUCCUUGAAAAAUUACGGUUUUUAAUUGCCACUUUGUUUGAUCAGAUUUUUUGGAUGUUAAAACCAGUAUUUCAUUUAAAUCCAAAUCAAUUUUGCUGCUACACCCCUAGGGCUUGGUUUGCAGUAUUUGUCUCCACACACUGUUUCCUGUUAAAGCGAUUCAAUGGGAUUCAUUCAGUGCGAGUGUGCAUCUGUUUUUUCUUUGCCUCAGGCCACAGACUUAUGUUGCCUGUCAUGCUGUUUGGUGGUUACAGCACAGGCUCAACGUAUGGAGCGUAUACAAGCUAAUUAUUGUCACAGGAAUGUUGAUGAGGUCUCUUUACAUGUCUGUGUUGCUUUUUUACAGUAUGACGCUCUGUCUGAGAUGGUGGAGUUUGACGUUAAACCGCAGGAGUUAGUUUGUGCCACUAGAGGGCAGCAUGUGAUUGCAGCCCAGUCAGAGGACACUUUAGUGACAUGGCAACCAAGGCCUUCUGAUGUUUCAUUUAUUUUUUGUAGUGGAGUGUUGAAGCUGUAGAUAGUUUGGAAACGCAUCGCCAUAGUCAGUGGGUCGUUCAUUUCUGCACCAAGACCCAUAGGUUGUGUAGACAUUUACAAGCAGUGCUUGUAUGGACCACUUGUUUGUAUUUUGUAGGAUGUAACAUUUUGUCAAUAAAAAACAUCACAUUUGUU